AUGGCUUCUUAUUUCGUCACUGGGUCUUCCCGAGGUCUGGGUCUGGCCAUUGCGGGCUUGCUCGCGUCGAAGCCUGUUGCCGAUGUUGGCAAAGUGUUUGCAUCCGCUCGAAGCGAGACUACUAGCCUCAAGGAGCUCGUGGCCAAGUCCAGCGGUCGUGUCGAAUUCGUCCAGCUUGACAUUACUUCUCAAGAAAGUGCAACGGAGGCCGCCAGCCAUGUCACUCAGUCACUCGACGGGAAGGGUCUCGAUGUUCUAAUCAAUAACGCCGGAGUCAUGAACUAUACCGCCGACGGCAUCACAGCCAUGUCUGACCUCGACGAGACAUUCAAGAUCAAUGUCACCGGUGUGCAUUACGUCACCACUGCUUUCCUUCCUCUGCUCGAGAAGGGCCAACUCAAGAAGAUCAUCAACAUCUCGACCACUCUGGGAUCCAUUGGCUUGUCCAAGACCUACGCUCAAAUGCCCGUACCUUCCUACAAGAUCUCGAAGGCAGCCCUGAACAUGCUCACGGUCCAGUACGCUUUGUCGCUUGCCGACAAGGGCUUCACAGUUGUCGCUAUCUCGCCAGGCUGGAUCCAGACAGACCUCGGUGGAACCGGUGCCGAUUUGACUAUCGAGCAGGGUUCCAAUGCCACGGCAGACAUCAUCUUCCGCGUCAAAAAGGAGGACAACGGCAAGUUCUUGAACGUCCAUGUUCCUGGGUGGGAGAAAGCCGAAGGUAUCAACCAGUAUGACGGCGGGUGCCCUCCAUGGUAA